AUGCACCACCUUCACGAGUUGCGAGCGCUUCUAGCGGAGGUCCCUUGCGACGCCGCGGCGUCGCCGGCCGCGCAUUGCGACGCCGGCCCGGAUCUGAUGGCAGCGGGCGAUGCGCCGCGAACUCCGCAGCCCGCGGGGGAGCAAGCGACGGCGGAGUAUCGGGACGGGCCGCGGCAGCGACGCGAGAAGGAUGAUCAAGUUGAUCCCGAAGCCGCCGGUAAUGCGUUGACGGACGAGCAGCAGCAGCAGCAGCAGCAGCGGCAACGGGGUUUGGAGCUGCUCGGCGCGCUGCUGCCGAUGCUGGCGACGGCGUCCAAAUCUGCCGCUGCGAAUCUCGCGCGACUCGGUCUGGGAGGAUCAAGCACGGGCGCCACGGCCGCCGACGCCGCCGCCGCCGACGCCACUGCUGCCGUUGGCGCCGCUACCGCGAAUGCUACGCCCGCGGGUGCUGCGGUUGAUGUGAAACCAGAACCCGAGUCGCCUCCUCUCUCGCCCUCACUGUUCGACGACGUACAAGAGCCAGUGCCUAUGAAUGUCGCUCCUAUCAUUGUCACCUACGACGACCGCGAUGGUCAAUCAUUAUCUCACAGGUCCGCCUCCCUCGAGCACACCUCCCCUCGAAUCGCAGAGGCGGAGCUUGCCACCGACGAGCAGCGCCCUCCACCGAUCUCAACCGUGAGAAACGCGCCAGCAGAGGCGUUUUACCACAGCACAGCCCUGCCGCAGCUGUCCCCAAUAGAGAUGUUCGCGUUUGGAGGUGACAGCAGCUCCAUGCCAUGGUGCUUUCAGCAGUACGGCGGCAGCAGCAGCGGCAAUGGCGGCGAGAUUGUUGGCGGCGGUGCUGCGCAGUGUUCGGGUGGUGCUGCUGGUGGUGGUGCAGCGGUGCAGGAUCUGAUGCAGUUUCUGCCAGUGCGAGGGUUGAGUGGAGAGGCGCCGGAGCAAGGAGACUUCCUGGCACAGCCACAGCCACAGCAGCAGCAGCAGCAGCAGCAGACUGCUGGACCUUCUUCCUCUCCGGACUAUCACCCCGCCCAUCCUGCUGCCCCUCCCACUGCCCAUCCCCAGCGCAGCCUGCCUCUGAAGCUCCGCCCAUUGACGCUACCAGAGUCCUCCUGCUGGCCUGGAGACGAGGAGAGAGGCGCAGAGGCAGAAGAGAGGGACAACGAGGGAACAGGAACAGCCUAUACCCCAGGCCCUGCCUCUCCCUACUCGCCUUGCGCUUCUGCGCAACACUCGGCGGAUGCGAAACCGUUCUUUCCUUCCUCGGAGUAUGCACUUCAGGAUGGGUCCGCUGCACCGUCUUCCUCGCCUCCCGCUGUUCGAGCUGUUGUGUCGGUGCCUCUGCCGCUCGGCCCAGGGCCAAGGAGAGCGCGGUUAACCCCUCCCACGCGCUCGCCGUCCCCGCUGCCAUUGCCAUCCCGAUUGGUUUCUCGUAAGCUCUGCCCAUCGGCGUCUUUGUCGCUGCGAUUCACACCACCAGCCACUCCAACCACCCCGGCCUCCUCCUCCUGUGGCUUUGUCACGCCCACCACCCCAGCCACCCCAGUCACCCCCGCUUCUCCUUUCACUCCUGCAUCGCCGGUCUCACCAGCUACACCCGUGGUGGCAGCAGGAGGAGGGGAUGAGGCGGCAGCAGCGGCUGCUUUGCCUGCUCAGCUGGACGCGCUCCUUCGCGCGCUGCUGCUGCAGAAGAUUGCUGCUGCUGCUGAUGCACAGCUCUUGCAACAGCAGCAACAGCAGCAGCAGCAGCAGCAGCCGACCCUGCACAACCCUCUGGCACAUCUCAUGGAGAGCAUUCCAGGGGACGGGUACCAGUGGCGCAAGUACGGGCAGAAGACCGCCAAGGGCGCCAAGUUCCCCCGCGCUUAUUUCCGCUGCGCUCUGUCCGGCUGCCCUGCGAGAAAGACGGUGGAGCUGGCUGAAGACGCUGCUUCCACACGAGUGGUCCCUGGUGGGAUGACACCCGUGCCGUCUCCACCUCUCUCUCCGUGUGCAAGAGGGGUAAGAGCCAUCAGCCCUAUGAGUCCCAUGAGUCCCAUUCACCAGCUGCACAUUCCACACUUUCAGCAGCAGGAGCAGGAGCAGCACGAGCAGCUGUCCCAACAGCAGCAGCCAUUGUUGAUGCACCGAGUGGCUACAACAAAGGAUGAGGUGGAUGAUGGCUAUCGGUGGCGCAAGUAUGGGGAAAAGGCGCUCAAGCAAACAAACUUCAAGCGCAGCUAUUACCGGUGUAGUCAUGACGGGUGCUUGGCGAAGAGAGUGUUGGAGAGGAGGCCUGAGGAUCCUGGGAUUCUGCUGGUUUCGUACAGGGGUGGCCACAGCCACAAGCGGCCAAUUGUGGCCCGAAUAAUCCACUCGCAUGGAUUUAUCCGAGUCCAGGGGCCUGUUAAUGCUAUUCCAUAG